AUGAAGUCUUGUUGUAUGAGUGAUGGAGAUGGGAAGUAUGGUGUUGAGUUCUUGAAACGCCAGGAUAAAAAGAAGAAUAAAACACCCCGAAAUGAUGAUUUCGCCCAGGCCAUUGCUAGAAUUGCCGUGACACAGGUAUGUCAGAGCCUAGGGUAUCAGAGCUUCCAGCAGUCUGCUCUCGACACCCUUUCUGAUGUAGGGGGGUUGGAGGAUUUGGGUUCUGUUCAGGGGUUUUCUGGUGCUUCCGACGUUAAUCAUUCUCUUUCUCGCUCUGGAGUAGUUAGAGACAUUAUUCGGUACGCUGACGAAGCUGAGGAAUUCCCAUUUGCAUAUUCAAUUCCGACUUUUCCAGUUGUGAAAGAGAGAAAAUUGUAUUUAAGUUUUGUGCAAAUGGGUGAAAACCCCCCUGAUGAGCAUAUACCUGGUUGGUUGCCAAAGUUUCGAGAUCCUGAGACUUGUGUGUAUUUGAAUUCAAGGGACAUGAAAGAACCUGAGCUUGCAGUGGAAGGUAGAAUUGAAGAGCGGCACAUGAAGGUGGAAAGGUCUUUGUUGAAUUUGAAGCAGAAGUUGAUUUUUAAUGGCUUUGAAGCAGGGUUAGCUGAUGAACCUGGGUAUGCUGCAAAAGCAAAAUGCGCAGUUGAAAGUAACCCUUUUCUUGCCCCACCUCUUCAGUUUGAGGAUAAGGAGGUGUCUUUACCUGUUCUUCCGGCUAAACUAUCAGAUGAGGCUACAAGGAAAUGGCAGAAUCAUGCAGCUUUGGAGAACCAUGUUUCUGUUUUAGAACCAUGUGCCCAAGCGAUUGAACAUAUUGGGACCCAGUCGUGUAAAUCUAUAGAGGACAGUAGAAAGGUUCCAUUGAAUGAGAGGACCACAAUAAAAUUUAAGUUAAGAAAUAGCAGGAAGUGCUCGGGUACAGCAAUCAGCCCUUGGAAUGAGGGAGUUGAGGAAAUAGCUCUUUGGUUUGGUGUCAACCAUGGUGAAAAACAUGACAAGAAAAUGAGAGCUGAUCAAAUUCUUGGGAAAAAUAUGGAUAAUUUGCAGGACAUCACUAGUGGGUAUUUUUCCAACUUCCAUGAGUUCUUGAGGAACUGGAUGGAGUAUAAAGUCAUGCACCGGCAAUCGAAUCCUCUCUUGCUCUUGCUCUUGCUCUUGCUCUUGCUCUUGCUCUUGCUCUUGCUCUUCAUUGCUUCUAUGAAUUGCAUCUUCAGCUGUCAUAUAAGUAUUGCCCAACUAAUGCUCUUCAUUGCUUCUAAGAAUUGCAUCUUCAGCUGUCAUAUAAGUAUUGCCCAACUAUCUAGAUUGCCCUUGACCAUCAGAAUGAGAGAAGGGCAAGAUAACAUAUUUACAGAUUCUUCUGCAUCAGCAAUCAGCGGGGAAUUCUUCUUCUUGCUGGGAAGUAAGACAAAAGACAAAGCAUCCAAUCCUCCUUCAGAUACGUAUGGAAAAAGCAAUCUUGUUCUUUGCUUGGAAAUCAUGGCACAAAUGGAUCUCAUUCAGAAAAUAUUUCAUAUCAGUCUUGCCUCUGUCUGCAAGCACUGUGUUGCACAUGAAUCCAUUGAUCAUGCACUUAUAAAUGCCAUUGCUAGAAUUGCUGUGGCGCAGGUAUGUGAGAGCAGUAUCAGAGCUUCCAGAUGUCUGCUCUUGACACCCUUUCAGAUGUAUGGUGAGAGAGGCAAAUGGGUGAAAACUUUCAAGGGACUUGUGUGUAUUUGUAUUCAAGAGACAAGAAAGAAGCAGAGCUUGCAGUUUGAGUGUAGAAUUGAAGAGCGAUACAUGAAGGUUGAAUUUAAAGCAGAAGUUGGUUUGCAAUGGGUCAGAACCACGGUUAGCAAAAUCCUGGGAUGCUGCAAAGUCAAUGAGUUUUCUCCUAUUGCAGAAAAAGAGAGAAUGGGCCGUGGAGUCAGUGCUGGUGGGGGACAGAGUUCUUUGGGAUAUCUUUUUGGAGGUGGAGAGGCCCCUAAUGCUCCCCCCAAGGGUUCAAGCAGCGGGCCUUCUCCUAAGCCUUCUGUUACUCCCCAAUCUGUGGAUAACAGUAAGCAGACUCCUGCAGGCAUACCUGGUAACACUACAAACAACUACCUUCGAGCAGAUGGGCAGAACUGUGGCAACUUUCUAACGGAACGUCCUUCGACCAAGGUCCAUGCUGCACCUGGUGGUGGCUCUUCCUUGGGUUACUUAUUUGGUGAUGGCAGCAAAUGA